AUGUCUCUCUCUUCAGCGUUAUUUCUUUUUGGGAAGCCUGCCGCAGCAGUUGCUAUUGCAGCCACUGGAGUUAUUCCUGGGUGGCCAUUCUCGAUCUUGGCAUUUCUUCCAGUUACAGUUUACUCUCUAUUUAGGAUGUUUAAAUAUGCAUUUAUAUCUGGCGCUUUCACUUCUCUUGCUCUUAUGGUAAUUUCAGUUUGCGUUGACUACUUCUACUAUGGAAAGUGGACAUCAUCUGUUCUCAAUUUGUUGAUAUAUGAUGUUGUGGGCGGUGGAGAGAGUCAUUUGUAUGGAACUGAAGGGCCGUUAUUUUACUUGAGAAAUGGCUUCAAUAACUUCAACUUCUGUUUCAUUCUUGCUCUGCUUUUCAUUGCCACUCUCCCAAUUGCAAGGAAGAAGUAUGCUCCAGAGUUGUUGGUUAUCAUCUCACCCAUCUAUAUCUGGCUAGCUUUUAUGUCUUUGCAGCCGCACAAGGAAGAAAGGUCAGAUCAAAAUUAG